AUGGGUUCAAAACAGAAUUUGCGAAGGCAUCCGGUGCCAUAUUCAGUGAGACAACUCCUCAUUGUCAAUUCCUUCCCGCCAAGUACGGCGACGGACUUCCUUCAAUCUGUCAAUCCGAGAGUGUCUGCUGAUGCUGAAUGGUCCUCAGAAUGCCAAGGACUUGGGUUCUACUGGCCAAAUACUGAGGGUGGAAACCUGGCUGACAUAUGCAACGAUCAUACCAAUGGUAGCUAUGAAUACGUGGCUAUCUCCUGCUUAAAUUUCACGGACGAUGGUGGAAUCAUCGUCCCGCCUUACUGCACCACCCUAGGUCCUGACAUAGAUACCUGCAAGGGCCUAGGCAUCAAAGUAUUUCUUUCCCUUUUUGGGAGCCCUCAACUUACUCCUGAAACAGCUCCGAUAGUUGCAGCUGGUAUCUGUGAGGCAUUUUUGAAUGAUAGUUCAGGCCCUCUCGGUGCUACUGUAAAUGGAAUAGACUUCCAUUUCCGAAGCGAGGACGGAUCAAACAAUGGUCUGGAUAUUCUCGCCCAGGCACUCCGGGAUGAUUGCACUCCGUACUUAUCUGGAGCACCACUUUGUCAAAUUCCUGACUAUUAUCUUGACGCUGCUAUCAGAACUGGCGUCUUUGACUACGUGUGGGUGCAAUUUUUCGGUGAUCCUUCAUGUGAAUACAGUCCAGCCAAUCCCUUUAACCUCUUCGCAAGUUGGUUUGGAUGGUAUUCUUAUAUAGGCGAAUAUAAUACUACAUUAUUCCUGGGAUUAACUGAAGAUUCUGCCGCCGAGGGUUUCAUCCCAUGUGACCCGGAACUUCGGGUGAUUGUUUCCUUACUGGAGAUCUUCUUUCCCAAAUUUGGAGGGAUCAUGAUGCUUGAGGGCAAAUUCUAUUGCCCUCUUUCCAGUGCAAAAAUCCGGUCUUAUGUUAACUCUGAUGUUCUGGCUUAUGGUAGAAAGUCCAUGAAUAAGUUCCAAGCCAUCUAA